GUUCGUAUUCGUACUGAAAAUCAGAAUCUAUCGAGCUUUUACCCUUUUGUUCCACACGAGAUUUCUGUUCUCGUUGAGCUCAUCUUAGGACCCCUGCGUUAUCUUUUAACAGAUGUUCCACCCCAGCCAUUUCCCCACCUGACAAUGUCUUCUGCCCGGAUCGGCCCGCCGAACGGCCUUUGGUCCAAAAGGAGGGGCAUCGCCCCGCCUCCGACUCACGGAAUAAGUAAAAUAACGUUAAAAGUAGUUGUAUUUCACUUGUGCCGAAGCUCCCACUUAUUCUACACAUCUCAAGUCAUUUCACAAAGUCGGACUAGAAUCAAGCUCAACAGGGUCUUCUUUCCCCGCUGA